AUGUUUCCAUCUAGAUUCAAAAAGUUGUGCACCUGCUUUACUUCGUAUCAAGAUAUUCCAGCAAUUUUUCUACUACUGGUACUAUAUGUUUUUCAGGGCAUUUCUACCGGCGUUUCUACUGCGAUUCCAUUUCUUCUUCAAUCAAACUACCGUGCCGGAGGCUAUAAUUUACAGGCAUUAUUUUCAAUAUCAGCCUGGCCUAAUGCUAUGAAACUUCUCUGGGCUCCAAUAGUUGAUUCAGUUUACGUCAAUUUUAUUGGAAAACGGAAAACGUGGCUCAUAAUAACUCAGUAUGCAAUUGGAAUUGAGUUAAUUGUGCUAGCAAGUAGUAUCGAUGAUUUGUUUGGACGAGACCCCAACAAAACGUGGAGUCAGUUUGGAUCACAUCAUCCAGUUGAUGUAAUACCCUUAACUAUAGCAUUUUUCGUACUUACAUUUCUGACAGCUACACAAGAUAUUGCGGUUGAUGGCUGGGCCUUGACAUUGCUAUCGAAAAAGAAUGUUGGUUUGGCUUCUACUUGUAAUAAAGUUGGACAGAGCCUUGGUUAUGCGUUAUCAUUUGUUCCUUUAGUUUGCUUAGAGUCUCCUGAUAUUCCUAACAAAUAUCUUAGGCGAACGCCUAUAGCAGACAAAGGAUUAAUAACAUUUUCCGGUUUUCUCUAUGCAUGGGGUUUUGGUUUCAUGAUAUUUAACACAGUUUUGGUAAUAUUUAAACAUGAAAAAGGCUCGACAUUGGAUGGGAUUAUACGUCACUUCAUAAAAAGUCGUUUAUUCAGUAAAUCGAAAUACUCGACGCACUCAUUGAACAGUGAACAGACGGCAAAUAAAAUCGAACAAACGGACGGAAGUGAAAAAGUCUCAUUACUUAAUACAUAUAAGACUCUUAUUGGUGUUAUUCAACUGAAACCUGUCGCGUUGUAUUUGGUAUUGUUAUUUAUAUCAAAGGUAUGUGCUUUUGGUACAUAUAGAGCUACAUUUUUAAAGCUAAUCGAACAGGGCUUUGCUAAAGAAAAAGUGGCAUUAUUAAACCUUGGAUUUUUGCCAAUGGAUUUUAUUUUACCCUUCUUAAUUAUACGUUUUACUACUGGACCGAAACCAUUGACUAGUGGUCUAAUGAUAUUUUUACCAAGGUUACUGACAAAUUGUUUAUUUAUUCCAAUUAUUCAUUUCAUACCGCAUUUUCGAAUGAUUUCAAAUGAUACCUUGAUGAUGAAUAAUUCGAAUAUGACAACAUUAAAUAAUUACACAACUAAUAAUAUUAAUGAUACAACUAAUUUAAUGAAAGUUAAACCCACUUAUUCAUUUCCAUUGAUAUUCUAUGCAAUAUUAAUAAGUGGCUUCCUUUUGGAUAAAAUUACAUCAACAAUUAUAUAUGUACAAUUUCACGCGUUUCAUGCCAAAAUAAGUAAUCCAAUUAUUGGAGGAACCUAUAUGACAUUAUUGAAUACUGUAAUAAAUAUUGCUGGUUAUUUAGGAACUACUGUCUCUCUCGCUCUAAUAGAGCCUUUGACAAUUCGUUCAUGUACGAAAAGUGCAAAUCAUUCUGGAAUAUAUACAAACACUAGUGGGACAUUUUUAACUAAUUCAUCGGCUACUGAAAAUACCACUUACUAUCCUUUGGAUGGAAAUAGCACAUCUAUCAAUCCAAUAGAAUCAUGCGUUAACCUAUUCGAUGGAUACUAUAUUGAAGUGAUAGCACUUCUCUUCAUUGGUUCAAUAUUAUUUGUAGUCUUCUUUUAUCCAAAAGCAAAAUAUUUGCAAAGUUUACCAGCAACGCAAUUUUAUUACAAUCCAACUACUGAUGAACCCGGUUAUUUUAGUCGUAAAUUUAACUGUUGUCGUAAAACGGAAAAUCAGUCAUUAAAUGUAACUGAUAAUUUUGAAGGUAUGGAAAACAAUACCUAUACUCCUUUUCCUCCUCCUCCUCCUUAUAAUAAUGAUAAUAGUGAAAUCAAAUCACGCUUGAACAAUUAA